AUGAUCUUCAACUUAGCUUCAACAUUGGCCCUUGCAACUCUUGUGACUGCCGUUCCCUUCAAGAGAUACGAUAAUGUGACUGACACUUCAUUGACAUCCUCGUCUGAAGUGGAUACUACUAUAACUGUUGACAAGUUUCUGACCAUUACUUUACCUUAUACUACACUUACUCUUGAUGCCACUGCCUCAGAUGAAAUCGCUUCAGCAGAGAGGGUAGCCUCGACAGCAAGCGAAGGAACAUCAAGGGCAUCUUCCGAUGAAGAAGAUGUUUCUAUUGUUACAAUCUAUAGCACUGUAACGGUCUCCGGAUCUAUUGUCACAACUGCAGUGGCAACCUUGACAACGACCUCGGGCGCCGUUUCACUGCCAACCACAACUUCCACGAUUACUCACUUUGUAACUGUUACCCAGGCUAACGGCUCUGUGACUACUGCAGCUGUGACAGAGGCAGCCUGUACUCCGACCACUGUGACUGUGACGAAAACUGAGACUGCUGAGCCUUCGUCAGCGACUCAGAACGUUUCAACCAUAACUGAAACUUUUUCGUCCUCCUAUCCUAUUGUCGCAACGUUUACACUUAGUGACUUUACGACUACUGUUACCUCUUAUGUUGAAGUGACUUCGUUCCAGACGACUGUUUCUACAUUGCAGACUGCAUCCAGUGCACCACAGAAUGGUACUUCGCAGUCUUACAAGAGACUCAGAAGAGGACUCUUCUAUGACUUCUGA